AUGUCAAAAACAAAUAAACAUAAACCAUAUUCAAAAAAAAUUAACCAAAAAUUAAAGAAAAAUAUAGAAAAUAAAAGCAAUACCAAUGAAAUUACCAAUAAUUUAUCUCAAAAUAUAUUUAAAAAAAAAACUAAAACUAUAUCGAAAAUCCAAAGACGUAAAUCUAAACAUGAAAAAUGGAUGGAAAAGUUUAAAAAAGAACCAAUAUUAAGUACAUCUUUCCAUAAAAGAAUCAAUAAAAAACAGAAAUUACAGUUUUUAUCAAGUAUUAAAGAAAUAUCUAAUUCAUUACCAGAUAUUGUUGAAGAAGUGAAAUAUAUAAAGCCAAAAAAUUCAAAAAAACAAAUAAAAAAUUCUCAAAAACAAGAAGAAAUACGAUUUAAUGCAAUACUUCAACACCCAAACUUUCAAAAUGAUCCAUGGGGAAGCAUCAGACAAUAUAUAAAUAAUUCAGUAGAAAAAAAAAGGCAUAUUAAUUAA